CACACAAAGAGUCCUGCAUGCCUAGUAUUCCUUCGCAGGGCGUCUCGUCUGUCCUCUGCAGGUUUUCUCUCACACCUCCCAUUCUUCAGACGCUCGCACGCCCGCCCGGGCUCUGAUAUUCGCCAGCAGACGCUCGGAGAGGGAGGACGAUGGGUUCCAUGGGGAUGCAGGUCGCCGGCUGUGCCCUGGCCCUGUUCGGCUGGAUCGGGGUCAUCAUCGCCUGCGCCGCCCCCAUGUGGAGGGUCACGGCCUUCAUCGGCAGCAACAUCGUCACGUCGCAGACCAUGUGGGAGGGCAUCUGGAUGAGCUGCGUGGUGCAGAGCACGGGCCAGAUGCAGUGCAAGGUGUACGACUCCAUGCUGGCGCUCACCCCGGACCUGCAGGGGGCCCGGGCCCUCACCAUCGUCUCCAUCGUCGUGGGCCUCGCCGGGCUCCUGACGGGCUGCGCCAGCGCGAAGUGCAUCAACUGCAUUCCCGACAAGAGGGCCAAGGCGAGGGCCCUGGUGGCGGCGGGGGUGCUGCUGAUCAUCAGCGGGCUGCUGUGCGUCAUCGCCGUCUCCUGGACCGCCAGCAUCAUCAUCAGGAACUUCUACAACCCCACGCUGGUGGACGCCCAGAAGCGGGAGCUGGGGGCCUCGCUCUACAUCGGCUGGGGCGCCGGCGGGCUGCUGCUGGUGGGCGGGGGCCUGCUGUGCGCCAACUGCCCCUCCAAGGACGACGAGGCGCCGUCGGUGAAGUACCUCAUCAACAGGUCGGCCCCGGACAGCAAGGUGCCGUCGUUCCGGUCGUACACGGAGACAAAGACGUACAUCUGACGGGCGAAGUGGGAGCACGCUCCGCAGCGACUGUUUGGGCUCCAGAAGCAGAGCUUUGGACCAUUAGCUGCUGUGAGGCAUCCAGCAAAUGGACAUGUGAGCAAAAACAAACCGACAAUGAAGGAAAUUUGCACUUUUGUCUCGUAAAGGAGUCACACUUCAAAGGAGACGACAAAACUCUGGGUUCAGUGCUUGAUUGUGGGAAUAAAGUUGGUAUAUUGUGUUUGGAAAGAGGUCAUUUCAGCUGACUCUAAGGAUUUUGUACCAUUUUGUGGUUUUAUUCUGUCACAUUAAAUGUACAACUAUUGU